AUGUAUGUUCAUCCAGGAGAGACGGCUUUGGCGUUUUACACUGCGAAAAACCCAACAGAUCGUCCGAUCAUAGGCAUAUCGAGCUAUAAUCUUACGCCAUUUCAAGCAGCAUAUUACUUUAACAAAAUUCAAUGUUUUUGUUUUGAAGAGCAAAUCCUGAAUCCGGGUGAACAAGUGGAUUUGCCAGUCUUCUUCUACAUAGAUCCGGAUUAUGCCAACGACCCUGCUUUGGAGUAUUUGGAUAAUAUUCUUCUUAGUUACACAUUCUUUGAAGCGAAGUCUGGUCUUCAGCUGCCGAGUCCCUUCGACCCCAACAACCGGCCAAAGGCUCAACUAGAGGCGAAACCAAAAGCAUCCGCGAGUUAG